GGAUUUCGCUAAUAAAGUUGUUUUUUACUGGCAAUACCUUUAACUACUUCCGGUUGUCAGCUGAUAAACUCAUUGCUUUCCAAAAAGCUAUUUCGAUUUUCGCUAAGAAAGAAAACGUCAGGCACCAUUCAACAUGGGCUUGAAAUACGCGAUCAAAAGCUAGUUAUAGCUGAAAUAUUGCUCUUAUUGUAGUGUUAUUGUUAUUAUAGUUUCAUUUUACAUGUACGUUGUGUAACUUAUUAGUCGAAAAUGGAUACGUUUAUCAUAGGCCUCGGUUAUGGCGUUUGUUGAUCACUAAAAAAUUUCGUUCGGUUCAUAGUUUUCUUUAUAUUUGAUGUCAGUUUUUAGUUUGUGAUCGUCUGUUUCGUUCGUGUUUACGUGUUUUCUUAAAAUGGUGAAGGAGAAGCCUAAUUCUAUUCGGAUUUACGACGACGAGGGUUUUAGACGCCGUGCGGCAUGUAUAUGCGUACGGUCUGACGCCGAAACAGAGGUCCUCCUGGUGACGUCGUCACGGCGUCCGGACAACUGGAUCGUGCCUGGUGGAGGAGUGGAGCCGGAGGAAGAGCCCUCUGUGACUGCUAUGCGAGAGGUGCUCGAGGAGGCCGGAGUCAUCGGCAAGCUGGGCCGGUGCCUCGGAGUGUUUGAGAACCGCGAGCACAAACACCGGACAGAGGUAUACGUGAUGACGGUGACGCAGGAGCUCGCCGAAUGGGAGGACUCCCGGCUGAUGGGUCGCAAGCGCCAGUGGUUCUCCAUCGACGACGCCCUCGCCCAGCUGGCCCUGCACAAGCCCAUCCAGCGCCACUACCUGCAGCAGCUGCGCCGCUCCAAACUCAACAAAACCGACGACCCCGGCAGCUAAGCCCCCACCACUACCACUUAACACACUCACCACGCGACACCUAUUACUACUCGACUCUCCCGCGCGGGUCGACGACCUCAAGCCAUGUGUCACUAUUAUUAUCCGACCCAGAAGUAGCAGGACACAUAUUUUUGAAUCGCUCAUCAUCAUCUGGAAGAGAUUGCUAUUGAGCAAUAAGGCCGCCCAUUGUGUAAUGUCUCUGUCAGUGUAAUCUUACUGUUAUGUCCUUUGUGGUGUUAUACAAUAAAGGAUAUAUUAUUAUUAUUAAUGUCCUCACUGCUGGAACACAGAACUUAUGGAUGGAAUAGGGAGUGCGGACCAUGAAUCGCUCGCUUGAUGUCAAGUCGCAUGGUUUCUCUAUUUAUCUCAAUGUCGCAUUCGAGUUUUUAGUCUCGUUACAACCAAAAUAACAAGGUCCAUCAUGAUAUAAAACCAUGAUUGACCCAUAUUUUAGACAAUUUGCAAAUAUCUAUUACUGACUGUUUGAACAGUCAUUGCAACAUUUUCGAAUCGAAAUAGGAAGUGACAUUUUAUUUGACAGAAUCGCACUGCAGGUCUCAAUGUUUGCCUCUCGCCGACCAUUGGCUUUGUACGUGACAGUGGCGGGAUUGUUAAAACUAUUUUAAGCGCGCUAUUUAUGAAGAACAAUAAUUUAUUAAAUCAUUGGAUCACCACCAGUCCCAUUUGUAACCACUUGAAUAUCCAAAGUCGAUAGAAACUCGACAUAAUACUCGGUGUGAAGCGAAUGAUUCGAAAAUAGGUGUCCAAUCCAGUAGCGGUGGCCAUGCUAUACCCGAAUCGCACCAGCUGACUAAUUUUGACGGAUUAAGGUCGAGUGAAUCGGGCAUUACAACAAUUGGCGCGCACAAUAUGAUUAUAAUUUAUUAUUAUACGCUAUUAUUUAUAAGAAUUGUUAAAUAUAUAGGCAGGCCCUGUGGACACUCUGGGGGGAGACUUGUCAAAGAUCUGUAUAGAUAUAUGGGAAGUGUCCAUAUUGAUAUAAGGUACUUCUAUAACUAUGGUUAGAGUGAGAUAGCAUUAGGACUUUGAAAAUAAAAUGGAGAUGACAAUGUUAAUAUUAAAGCAUUGUUAAAGAGGCGGUAAAAAAAGCGCUGAAUAUAAUUUUUAAACUUUUCUCUGGUAGCUCAACUGUAAGCUAUUGUUAUUAUUUAUUCUCUUUUUGAGCCUGUACGCACUAAAGUCGCAUCUACACGCGUUGACUAUGUAAAUAGACCUCACCAUUGCUGAGAAUAAAACAAUCAAUUCAGUGCUUGUUUGUGUAAAAAAUAUUUAUUGCGCCUUACGUAUAAUAAAUAUCUUGAGAUGUUUGAAAACCAUCACUAACUCUUUUAAUUAUACAUUUACGAGCAAAGAAUUUAUACUAUGUUUGGGCUUAUGUAUUUGUUAAUAUUGGAAAAACUAACAAUGCAUUUAAACAUUUCGACCACAUUAUAUUUACCAUUGUAAUUCAUUAACCUUAAAAACAUAAGUUUCGACAUCAUUCCAUAAACUGUUCACUUAUAGUCAAAUUUUAAUUAUUAACACGAGUCAUAUUUUAAUUAACCUGUCAAAGUAAAAAAUAAAAUAAAAUAAAGGUUCUUUUCUUGAAAAAUAUUGGAGUUGUCUUAACUAGUUUUGUUACUUUUCAAAGCUUUUUAAAGCUAUCUUUGAUUGUACAGUUUCAGUAGAAGUAAUGGGAUAUUUCUUCCCAAAAUUUUGUAGGCCAGCAAGGUGAGGAUGUUGGCAUGUAUGGCAGUUAUUAUAACUGCUGUACCUGCUAUCUCGCGUUUGAACUUUAUCACCACUUAACAUCAGGUGGGGUAGAGUCAUUUGCCUACCUGGCUAAAUAAAAAAAAUAAAAUUUGUCUAUGUAUAGUUAAUGUCGUGUCAGUCAGACGCAUAGUAAAUGUGCUAAUUUUGAGAAAUAUUUAUUUUUCCUUUAGAAUUUAACUAUGUUUCAAAUAACGCUGCCUAAAGUCGCUUUGUUUUUCCACCUAUACAAAUUUGCUAAUCUCAAUUUAACCUAAACAAGAUUUAGUCCUAACAAUAAUGUCAAACUGACAUUGCGACAUUUUUCUAUGGGUAAAAGCUAGUUUUGUUUAAUGGAGAUUUAGCAAAUUUAAAAUACUAGAGAAAAAAUAACCUUAAUAAUAUGUAUGUAAAAAAAUUACACAUUUACAAAUUUUCCAAUUUUGUUUGUAACAACUUUUUAAUGGGAAGGAAAAACCCAUUAGUACCUACUACUGAUAAAACUACAGAGUAAAUGUAUUGGGAUUUAGUAAAUUCCAAUUUAUAUUUGCUCAAUCAUGUUUUAUUUCAAACAAUGUAAUCUUGAAGUGUAAUAAGUACUCGGAUUUCUUUGCUCGUAUCGUAAUACUAUUAAUUUGUACUAAAACGGUUAUGUAUGUUGAAUUUAAUGAUGGAAACUGUAUGGGUGAUGUUAAAGCUUGAUGUGACUAUUUGAGCGGCCAAAUAGUGACAAUGGCUUGAAUAGUGACUCGCUGUGGGCGUGGCCGGGCGCAAAAACAAACUAUUACACGUAACUUUGUAACAUCCCUUCUUUUCUACUUUUACGUAUAUUUUUAUACUACGAUGGAAUUAAAUGUUAAUUUUAUUUUGUUAGCAUUAAAACUGAAAAGACAUAUACGAGCUCUAUUUUUUUAUUUAAACUGAGUAACUUGACAUUUCUUCUUUUUUUUUUAUUAAGAAUUCCGAAUGAGUUUUUUUUUAUAUAUAUAAUAAUAAUAAAUUUUAUAUUGCUCUUCUCAAAGGCUUUUGUUUGGAUCCUGAACAGAGAA